GUUACGCAGCGUUUGCACGUAGCGUCACGAAACCGAACCGCUCCGUUUUCACCGCUAACUACCAACGUGCUCCAGCUAACAACCCUGCCCCCCCUUUAAAUCCGACAGAUAAACCCAGAAGCACAGGAAAAGGGAGGAGAAAUAUGGUCACACCGGCACGGAUCUGGAGAAAAAGCCGCCGCCCCGGAGGAGACAACCUGACACCGGCUUGUGACCACUCUGCACACGGGAACUGAAGAGCUCACGGGCGAAUAAAACCACAACAGCACUCGGCUCCUCUUCCCUCUCCUCCUCCAUUUUGACCGUGGAUGAUGGAGCACAUCCGGACCCCCAAGGUGGAGCAGGUGCGUCUGCUGGACCGCUCCUCAGGCCAGAGAAAAGCAGCUGUAGGAACUCUCUACCUCUCAGCCACUCACACCAUCUUUGUGGAAAACAACCCCGAGACGCGCAAAGAGACCUGGAUCUUGCACAGUAUGGUGAGCAGUGUGGAACGGCCCCCUCCCUCCCCUGUUGGCUCUCAGCUCCUGCUUCGCUCCAAAGACUUCCGGGUUUUCCAGCUGCUCGUCCCAAAUGAGAGAGACUGUCUGGACCUGCACGCGUCACUCACACGCCUCUCCAAACCAGAGAAGUACAGUGAGUUGUACUGUAUGUCGUUUAACCCAAAUGUGAACAAAGAGGAGAGGGAAGAAUCCUGGAGCUUCAUAGACCUGAUGGAGGACUACAAGAGGAUGGGUGUCCCCAACAACCUGUGGGUCUGCACCAUGGCCAACAGUGAAUACAGGAUCUGUGACACAUACCCGUCUGAGCUGUUUGUGCCUAAAUCUGCCACUCCGGCUGUGAUCGUCGGGAGCUCCAGGUUCAGGAGCAGAGGACGAUUUCCAGUGCUCUCCUACUUCCAUCAAGAUACACUGGCUGCUAUUUGCCGGUGCAGCCAGCCCCUAUCCGGGUUCAGUGGGCGCUGUACGGAAGACGAGAUGAUGCUUCAGACCAUAAUGAAAUCCAACCCAGGCAGUGAAUACAUCUAUGUGGUGGACACAAGGCCCAAGCUGAAUGCGAUGGCCAAUAAAGCCGCAGGAAAAGGCUACGAGAACGAGGACCAUUACACUAAUAUCAAACUGCAGUUCAUCGGUAUUGAGAACAUUCACGUGAUGAGGAGCAGCCAGCAGAAGAUCGUAGACGUGGGAGAACUGCGGGCCCCCUCCAUGACGGACUUCCUGUGGGGUCUGGAGAACUCUGGGUGGCUCAAACACAUUAAAGCUGUUCUGGAUGCCGGAGCCUUCAUCGCCAGGGCGGUGGCAGAUGAGGGCGUGAGUGUGCUGGUUCACUGCUCUGAUGGCUGGGACAGAACAGCUCAGGCCUGUUCUGUGGCCAGUGUCCUGCUCGAUCCAUUCUACCGCACCAUCAAGGGACUCAUGAUCCUGAUAGAGAGAGACUGGGUUUCCUUUGGUCACAAGUUCUCCCACAGGUAUGGUCACCUGGACACAGACCCAAAGGAAGUGUCUCCCGUCAUAGACCAGUUCUUGGAAUGUGUGUGGCAGCUUUCCGAACAGUUUCCUUGUGCCUUUGAAUUUAACGAGAGCUUCCUGACCCAGAUUCACCUACACGUUUACUCCUGUCAGUACGGAACUUUCCUCGGCAACUGCCAGAAGGAGAGACGUGACAUGAGGCUUUGUGAGAGGAGUCACUCUGUGUGGCCUCAGCUGUGGAAAGACCGUGCACAGUUCAUGAACCCUCUGUACAAAGCAGAACUGACCCAGAGCCAAGGCAUCUUAAGGCCCAAUACCUCACCAUUCUGCUUCAAGAUGUGGAAGGGCCUGUAUAAUCGCACAGAGAGGCCAACCCAGGCACCUGUCGACCUUUUGUCAGCCGUGAGGGCGGAGUCACAGCAGCUCGAGGAGGAACUGACCAAUCAUGAGGAGAGGAUAGCAGCCCUGAGCGGUCGUCCAAUCACGUGGGAGAAGAUUGAUGUUCCUCGGCGGAAAAUCAACCAAUCAUAUCUGCGCUUCUGUGGACCAGACCCGCCCACAACAUACCACUACCCAAUCACCAGCUCUGAUCCAGACCGCACUGACAAACUCUGCCACGUACCGGCCAAUCAGACACCUCCGCUGCAGGUCAAGGGUCAAGACCCUGACGAAUUCAGUGAUUUGGAGUCUGGAGUAGCGGACUUGAGUCGAUCGUCGAGUGGAUGUGAUUACAGUAAGGACCAGGACGUAAAUGGAUUCAACUCAAAAGAGGGUUUAGUCAGAGCACACUGAAGAAGAGACAAAUGGAUCAUGGUUUAAAGAACACAUAUUAUGUAUUCUUGUGGCUUUAAUUCACUUAUACACAUGCUUUUGGUCAGCUUGGGGCAACAGGAUGCUAUGCUAAGCAGUGCCUUUGUUGUAAACACAAUUUGACCACAGAAUUUGAUGAUGAUUUAUGGGCUUAAAAACUGCAGAGUUUUACUUGUGACACAACAAUCCAGGCAAAAUGCUAACUGAGAAUGUUUGAGUGCACACAGAGGAGAACUUUGGAUUAAUGGGUUCAUGAAACAAGCAUGAAAGAAGAAGAAGAAAAAUACAACUAAAUAUGCAUUUAGUUUUGAAUAAUAUGUGUUCUUUAAUAAUUUAAAGGUAGAAAAUGGUGGCUAAAGAAAUGUCAUUCCUUUCUUUUUAAGUAUUUUACAAUUUCACAUUAUUUGAUACUGUUUAAGGUGCACAAUUUUAUUUUUCUAUGUGUUUUAAUGUUUUAAGUACAUUCCUCAAAGCACUACUGAGCACCAGUGUGGGACUUUUCUUUACACAAGAGUGUAAUAAUUAAAAUAAGAUAAAAUAAACAACAAAAUAUCCUGGCUUAUUCUGCUAACCCUGCAAGUUAGGCCUCUUUAACUUUAAGAUGUGCACUGACUGAUGUGAAUAGAAUCCUACUGUAAAGCAUCUUAUUUGUCCCAAAAACUGCAAUUAGAUAUUUUUUCCAAAAUUCCCCUAGCACAACUCUGUGUUAUGUUUUUCAUGUCAAGAGUGUUUUCAUGCUCCCAGUGCUGUUGUCCGACUACAGUAGUUGUAAUUUUGAAAACUUGAUACUACCUACUACAGAAAACUAGGCACAUAUUUUAUAUUGCGAUGACGAGAUCAGAGACCAGAAUUUCACCAUAAUUUUUCAGAACUCUGAUACAAAACUCAAUUUAGCAUUUACUGUUAAAGGAGAAUUUAAAGCUAGUGCUCUAGUUACAUUAGCUGGAAUAUACCGGUAGUACAUUGAUAUCAAAAAGGAAGUUUAAAGUGUAUGUGACCGGUUUUCAUGUUUUUCUCAUUAUGACUUGGUUUGGUGAGAUUGCACCUGUGGUAUAUAUUGAUCACAAUUUCACAUCAAUUAAGUGACAGUUUGCAGAAAUUUAGAAGAAAAGUAAAAACACCCAGAAAGUUGUUGUGAGUUCUAAAAUAUAAUGUACUUCUACCCACCAUCAAUGCAGAGCAUUCUAUCUAAAAUAUACAAUGUAUACAGAAGGAUGGCAUUUUUCUAACAAGUUACACAUUGAUGCAACAAAAUAAGGUCAUUUGUAAUUUAGACAAGUUUUGGCCCUUGUUAACAGUAGGGUUGCUAGGUAACAGUUAUGAAAUUACCUCUACAUAUGUCUAUAUAUCUGCUUACUAUGUCCAACCAGGAAGGAAACUAAACUUCACUAGAAUUACCUGUCAUAUGCAGUUUAAACAUGGCACUGAUCACAAGGCAAGUGAAAAAUACUGUUUGAAUUCUUUUAUUUUUUAACUGCACUUAUUUCAAUUGUAUAUUUUUUGACAGCGUAAAUAAAUGCAGUAUUUUAUACCAUGAACGGUUGAUCAAAAAAACACUUGAACAAAUGACAAAUAAUUCCUGUUUACAUUUUUAAUUUAUUUUUUGUUAUUUUGUGCAAUGUAUUAUUUAAACAUCACUAUUUGUUUUGUAUUGACACUUUUACUUUUUAUUUGUUAAGACAUCCUUGUUUAGAUCCUUUUGUUGAAACUUUUGAUGCGUUGAUGACUGCAAAAACAUGGUCCUUUGAAACUGAAGAGAACUGUUUUAAUGCUGGAAUGAGCCUAAAUAAUGAGAAACAAAGAUGGAAAUGUGUCUGCAUUAAAUAAAUAACUUCUUGAGUUGCAUUUACUUAAAUUCAGAUUCAGAUUUAUGGUUUCUGAAUGAGAUUAAGAUGGAGGUACAUUUGGGACAAAGUGUCUGUUCAGUGAUUUGAAUAGACUGGCCUCAGAUUUUGGGCCUAAGACUUCUCUGUACAUUUACCUGUGUAUCCUGUGAUGUGUGUCAUGUUUAUCAUUAUUGUAACUAUCAAUAAAUGCACUGUACAAAGGGACAGACCAACUACUCAUAA